GUCUUUGAUUUUUUCGUAAAUAAUUUUCAAAAAGAGAAAUGGAAUCAUCAUCAAAUAACAAAAUAACAGAUAAAACGAGAUGUGAAAUCUUAAAACUUUUAGAAGAAGGAAAAUCUUAUUCACAGAUUUAUAGACAGUUUAUGUUGAAAGCUCCAACAAUAUCAUCAAUUUUUGAAUGUCAAAAUAGAGUAAAAAAUCAAGAAGAAUGCAAGAGUGGCAAAAGCAAAAAAAUCGUACUCGGAUAUUAUGAUAUAGAUAAAGCUGUUUUCAAAUGGUACAAAUAUAAUACCCCGCUGGAGGUACCUAUAGAUGGAAAAAUGAUAAUAGCGAAAGCUAAUGAAUUUGCAAAAUUAGGAAACCUAAAAGGCUUUAAUUGCGCUCAUUCAUGGCUUCAAAGAUUUCGUGCUAAACAUAAAAUACCUGUUCGUGGAAAAAUUUUUAUUGAAUCUUCAAAAGUCGAUCGAGUAUUAUUCGAAAAUUCUUUUGAAAAUGUUUGGCCAACCAUGCGUAGAGAUUAUGAAGAUGAUGAAAUUUUCAACGCCGUCGAAACAGCAGUACUUUAUAAAGUUUUACCUAAUCAAAUAAUUAGACUAAAAGGUGAAAAAGGUUUCGAGGAGACAUUACCUCAAGAAAGGAUAACUGUUUUAGUUGCAGCUAAUAUGACAGGUACAAGAAAAAUGGAACUGGUGGUUAUAGGCAAAUCCAAAAAUCCAAGGUGUUUUAAAAAUGUAAAUGUUCUGCCCGUAAGAUAUUACAACGACAAAAAAGCGUUAAUGACAAGUAUUAUUUUUGAAAAAAUUUUAAAACGAUGGGAUACAUCACUUAGAAAAGAGAAAAGAAAAAUUUUACUGGUUAUUGAUGACGGUCCUGCUCACCCACAAGUCGAGUUAGAGAAUAUUAAAUUAAUUUUUUUACCAACCAGCUGCAAGCCUAUUAUGCAACCACUUCAUCAAGGUGUUAUUAAAUCUUUGAAACUGCAUUUUAGGAAGCAAUUAAUUUUAAGUGCGAUAAAAAAAAAAGAACUUAAACAAUCGAAUAAAGUUACGCUUUUGGAAGGGAUUCAACAUCUUUCAUGUUCCUGGCAACAAGUUACAGAAAAUUCUAUUUCCAACUGUUUUGAAAAAGCAGGGUUUACAAAAUGGGAAUUAAUCCUACCAUCGGCAGAUUUCAAUUAUGAUGAAGAUGAAGCUGUUCUAUCAGAAUUGCGAUUGUUAUUAAACAAAUUUCCACAUGUAUCAUCUUUGAAUGAUUACAUAGAUGUAGAUAAAGAUUUACUUACAAGUUAUGUACCAACUGUCGAGGAGAUUGUAGAUGAAGUCUGUGCCGAAAAUAAAUGGACUAAUGAAUGCGAUACCGACAGUGAAACGGAGAGCGAAACUGAAACCGAGAGCGAAAAAAGUGAAUUAAACGUAGAUAAAACUUUAAACAACAUCGAAGGCGUUACAACAAACGAAGAACUGAAAACAAAAAUUCAUGAAAAAUUAAAGUUAUUAAACUAGUUGAUGAUUUUUUGAAAAAGUUUUUUGUCCAAAAAAUUCAGAAAGUGCCUAGAACCGCAGUGUUGUUCAUGUUCGUAUUGCUUAUAAGUUGUUCUAAAGUGCGCAGAUUUUCAAAAAACAAUAUUUAAAAAAAAAAAUUAUUUUCGAAAAGUUUUAUUUCUAGCUAUUUUAGGGGUUCCACUUGAUCAAUGACGCUGGAUCGUAAAUGCUAUUCAGAAUCUGAUGUAUUAGGUCGUAAAACAACAAGACAAAAAAUUAAAAAAAAAAUUUCACCAUGUACAGAAUGUGCAUAUAUACAUACAUAUGUAUGUAUGUAUAUUUGUAUAUACAUAUUAUAUUUAGAUAAAAAUUUCUUUAUUUUUAAGUAUAUGUAUUUGUACUUUUUACAUCACAAAAUAAAUUUAUUAUGUAAUUAAAUAG